UGGAAAAUGGCCGCGCGCAUCUCCGCUACUUCAAAACAAGCUAUUCGCUAUUAAUACAAUUAAACAAUUAGAAAUAAUUUUUAGAAACGCCACUGAACAGGGAACAUUUGAAUAUGAGUUUUAGCAAGUAGUUUUUCCCUCCGUGCUGCUCAAUAGUCGAAAGAUGGCAAGACUUUCAAUAGUUUCUUUGAGGAAACUUUUUGUUUUCUUCCUCUGCCUAUCAGCUGUACUUUUCCUUCUGAUUACUCUGCAGGUGGUGGUGGAGCUUGGUCAGUUUGAAAGGACAGUACACAUCCUCCCUCCAAGGGACCUACACGAGUCAGGUUGGAGACACCGUUUACAUGGCAGCGGACUGUUGGCCAGUGAGAGAACCUCCCCUGGAGGUCCAGAGGGCCAGUACCCUUACAUUGUAUGGUGGUCCCCACUAACAGGAGAGAUUGGCCGACUAGGAGAGUGUGGGACAAACAAGUGCUUCUUCACCAUCAACAGGACCCUCUACUCUCACCCAUCUACACAGGCCUUCCUUUUCUAUGGCACCGAUUUCAACAUCGAGAGUCUUCCUCUGCCGAGGAGAGCGCACCACCAGUGGGCCUUGUUUCACGAAGAGUCGCCCAAAAACAACUACAAGCUCUUCCACGAGCCCGUCAUCACCCUCUUUAACCACACGGCCACCUUCAGCCAGCACUCCCAGCUGCCCCUCACCUCCCAGUACCUGGAGAACCUGGAGGUCCUGACCUCUCAGACCUACCUGGUGCCCCUCAACCAAAAGAAUAAGCUGAGGAAAACACUUGCCCCAGUGGUGUACGUCCAGUCAGACUGCGACCCUCCGUCGGACCGGGAUGCCUAUGUGAGAGAGUUAAUGAAGCACAUCAAGGUUGAUUCAUAUGGACAAUGCCUCCACAACAAGGACUUGCCUUCCCAUCUGAGGGACUCGAUUGCCAUGGAGGAGCAGGCCUUCUACCAGAUCCUGGCCCAGUACAAAUUCAUUCUGGCCUUUGAGAACGCCAUCUGCGACGACUACAUCACCGAGAAACUAUGGAGGCCUCUCAAGCUUGGGGUGGUCCCUGUGUAUUACGGGGCUCCCAAUGUUCGGCAAUGGCUGCCGAGCAACAGUAGUGCGGUUGUAGUCGUUCCAGAUGAGCCCCCUGAACAACUGGCUCUGUAUCUAAAGAGACUAGAUGAGGACGAUGGGGAGUAUGCCACUUAUCUGGAGUGGAAGUUGAAGCGUGAAGUCUCCAACCUGGAGUUGGUAAAGGAGCUGAAGGAACGCCCAUGGGGAGUCCAGGAUCUGACACAGGAGAACUACAUAGAUGUGUUUGAGUGCAUGGUGUGCAGCAGGGUGUGGGAGAACAUCGACAGACAGAAAAAGGGCCUUGUUCCUAAAACCUGGCAAGCAGAGGGAAACCACCUAAAGUGUCCACUUCCGAGGGUAUUUGACUUUGCUUCAGGCCCUAGAAACCGGACAUCUUUGCGAGGAAUUUGGACGGCCAGUUACGAGCAGUCCAAGAAAGAGGCUAGGGCAUUGCGUCACUUGGCUGAGAGGAACAAGAAUUUCACUGUGGAGCAGUACUGGAAGGAAGUAUUCACUGACUAAAACCCUACUAAUAUGAAAACACUAUAAUUCACAUAGAAAGGACCCUUGUUAUAUUACAGUGAUACAGUAUCAUUUUUCUAUGGCCACACAGUGCUUUGGUGGUGUGUCAAAGUUCAGAAGCACUAUGAAAAUGAAAAUGGUCCACAUAUGAUGACUAAUGGUUGAACAUGACAAUCACACAAUAACUUUUGAUCAAUAUAUUUCAUAUCUUUAAUAUUUCAAAAGAUAGCUUGCUGUAUAGCUAUUGUUAUCAACCAUAGUUGCCGACCAAAAAAUAAAAAAAUGUGUGCGAUUCUAAAAGUGAGAGAAUGUCUGGUCUUAUUUACGAAACCUUCCUUAAUCUUCCUUAAACCAAAUUCCUUCAGGAGUCGACACCUCUGUCACGUUCAGGAAUAGGAAUAUGUCAUCACCUUACCAAUGUUAUGUUUACAUUUAAAUCAACAGUGUCAAUUUACCAUACUGCUUUUAUCUUUGUUUUUACAGUAACUUUGUAUUGCAUUUUUAAACUCUAAUAAAACUGUCAUAAGAAUACAUUUAAUUUCCAUGUUUUAUACUGAACAAGAAUAGUAACACAACACGCAACAAUUUCAAAGAUUUUACUGAGUUACAUGGUGGAUGGAUUAUCUUGGCAAGGAGAAACCUUUUCUGUCGGUCUAACAGGGAUGUAAACAAAUUUGUGCAGAGAAACACGUCCACCGGACGUGCUACCUGUC